UCGUGUUUUGGUUCUGAAAAGAUGGCGGACUCUUGUUUUCAAGAUCGGUCACACUGGAUUACGAUAGUUUUGAAAUGUACUGGAAAAGUUGACAUGUUCUACAUGUGAUAUUGUCGAGUGCAUAAGAGCAUUGUUACGACGGAUUUGCUUGCCGAAUUGAGGAAGUUUCUUUGUGCGUUGUGAGUGACGCGGAAGCGGUGUCUUCAGCGUGCGGAUCAUACGAACAACGAUUCGAGUGGUUUUCAAAGAUUUCUGUUGUUUUCUGUGCGAAACACUGUUCGAGAAGCUAGAGAACAAUAUUGCCGACAACGAAAAUGGUUUGACUUCGAUGGAUGUUUACGAUGUUCGAGAUCCCGAUGACUAGUGCAUCAGCAACAGUUACUUGGUUAGGUUGAUUUGCCUAGAUAGACGUUGUACCUAUGAUACCUGAACAACGCUAUGCGUGUUCCUCUCGGUGGUUCACGUUAAAACGUGACAUUGCAACGAGUUCAUAAACAGUCUGUUAAAUGUAUUACUGUAACUUAUAAUGGCGAACAGUGACUUUGACGUGGAGCUCUUUGAGCGAAGGCUCCACACGCUGAAAGAUUCUCAGGAGUCGAUUCAGGGUCUCUCUUCCUGGUGCCUGGAAAGGCGACAACACCAUAAAAAGAUUGUUGCUACGUGGUUGCAAGUACUAAAGAAAGUGAAAGUUGAGCAUCGUUUGACACUUUUUUAUCUGGCAAACGAUGUUAUCCAAUACUCGAAGAGAAAAAAUUUUGAGUUUGUGGAGUCUUGGGGGACGACUCUGCAACGCGCGACAACUAUGGUCAGAGAUGAAAAAGUGAAGCAUCGUAUAUUGAGGAUAUUUAAGAUCUGGGAUCAGCGACAAGUAUACGAUGAAGAGUUUCUGGCUGACUUGUCCGGAUUAAUUUCAGUAGCUCCAAAAAAGAAACUGGACCCACAACCAACAGCACCUCCAGAAGAAUUUCAGGCUGCUUUACUUAUUUCUACUAUGAGAUCUUGUUCUACAUUGGAGCAAGCAACAGAUGCAAGAUUACGAGACUUAAGGGAAAGUAACAUAGAUGUAGAAAAUGCAGAAGAGUUAUGCGCUUCUUUGAAAGAUAGAAGAAGAGUAGAGGAUGCUGAGAAAGAAGUCGAUUUGGCAGUGAGAAAUGUUGAAAAUUAUGUUCGUGCAUUAGAAGCAGAGAUCAGGGAAAGGACACAAGUGCUCGAGUUAUUAGAACAAGCCGAUCAAUUUUAUGAAACUCAAAGAGGUGAAGUUAAAAUAGUUACUAACGCAUACAGGAAUUUUGGAAGUCGUGUAAAAAAUUUAAAGAAAAAGUUAGAUGAACUUUUACCGACACUGGUAUCUCCAAUUCCCUCACCAGACAUCAAUGCCCCAUCUCCAAGCCCGGACAGUGAUAUAGAUCUACCAGGAGAUGAGAACCAAACUCAAAACCAGUUGGGAAUGAUAGAUGUGGCUCCACCAUCUAUGUAUGGAACAUACUCGCACGAGUAUGAUCCUGUGCCUGUACCAGCUCCCGAAUUGGGGCAAGGCAAUGACUCUGGUGAUUUUACCAAUAACUUUUCGUCCUUUAUAGGAGGAAAUAUGGAUUUUGGUAAUAUGAGAAAUAUAUUUAACGAAAGAUCGUCGACGCCUACUGGAAUAUCACAGCAGUAUACCGACUCUUUAGAGGCUAAACCAAUAGAAGUAAUUAAUAUGAGGCCCUCCAAAAACGAAAGUACUAACGCGGACUUUAAUAUCUCUAGUUUCUUAAAGACUGUUCUUCCCUCUUCUGACGGAACACAAGAUCCUGGUGGAAUUCCAGGUCUUGGUCUAGAUAUUCCCGAGUCCCAAGUAGGUUCCCCUCAACGUACCAACUACAGACAUUCACCUGUGUUAGGACAACAUCCUGUAACUCCUGUGAUCUCAAGAAUGAUGGGUAGUCAAAACACGUCCAUGGGCGUGAAUAAUUGCCAAAUGACCCACAGUACCCCACUGCCAGUCCGGAACUUGUCCGGCGAGUCGCAUACACCCUCCCCGUACUCCAGUCAAAACAGUCAGAGUAACAUCACAGUACCCUUCGACGGCCCUACUAACAAUAACACAGUGAACCCGUUACCACCCCCUCCGUUACCUCCGCCGAUAUUUCUCGACGACGAGAAUUGUUACAAUAAGUUGCCUCCGAAAUUUCCCACGUGGACACCACCGAACGAAUCUAUCAAAGAGGCGGCCAAAUGGGAGGAAAAGGCGGGUUUCGCUAUAUCUUCAGGAAAGAAUAGCAUGAAUCCUAGUUGGCCCGGUGAGUGCGACGAAAAAACGAAAGUCUGGAUGGACGGUGAAUCGGAUAGAUGGGAUCCGAGCAACGAGACCACGUGGGUUAACCCGGUCAGAGGAAAAAACGAGAUCCUAUCGGAGACGCCGGAAUCGCCGCCAAUGUAUGAGAAAGCAGGAUUUACAGACCCGGUAGAGUACGAUGACCCUCAACCGCAAGAAUCUCUUCUGAGUACCACCGGGGACGUAGAUCAUAGGGUGAUACCGAUACCGAUGACGGUGGAGAACCAGCUGCCGUAUCGACUGAUGAAAGCAGCGGACGUCGACCAUCGUAAUUUGAUCAGUUUAACAGGCAGUCCGGCCAAUCACAACGUGAACGACAGCUCGAUGAGUACGAUACCGAACAGUACCUUAUGGUCGUCGGGCGACCAGGAUUACCGGCAACAUAUGCAACCCGGUGAUAUCGUGGAAAGUGUAGACAUGGAGAUGUCCGACGACGAGACCGACAGCAAGCCAAAGGGAAGGGUGUUGGUGGACGUGAGGUCGCAGGACAGAGACAUGAGAGUCGGUAAUCCGCCACCGUCCCAGCACAUGGACAUGGAUAUGCGUAUGAUCCCGCUUCCCUCCGGGCAAAUGCCGGGUCCGCACGGGCCGAUGAUGCAGGACGUGCACAUGCACUCGGGACCACCGCCGCCGCCGCCACCGCCGCCCCAAUUUCAUCCGAACCAAGCACCGUUCCACCAGGACCAAGGAGACUUCCGUCACAAUCCUCCGUCGGACUUUCACCCGUCCCAGUCGAAUUUCCAUCAGAACAGACCGCCGCCGGGUUUCCUGCAGAACCAGCAGGAUUUCGGCCAGCAAGAGUUCCAUCAGAUGCACCAAUCCCAGUCAGACUUUCCCCAACAAGACUUCGAGUACCGGGAGAAUCACGGCCUGAGACCGAAUCCGGAGUUCCACGGCGAGUCGCAGAUGCGCGGCAGGUACUCGCAGCCUGCCGAUCAUCCUCACAGGGACAUGUCGUUCCACCGGAACGACAGAGGACGGGGAGGUCGAGGUUUCCCGCGGAACCGCCGGGACCGAUACUCCGACGACCACAACAAACAGAGGAAUCUGCUGAACAAUCGUAAACCACGAUCCCUGGACCAGCACCAAAGGUCGUCGCCGGAGAUCCUGCCGAACAGUCGGCCUCUGUUGCUUCAGCCGCCGGACACGGUUGUGAUCCUGGACGAAGAGGGCAUGCCGAUAGGUCUGCCGGACGACAAGGAUGCCCUGGUGAGCGCGGAGCACGCGCCGGACCAGGACCAAGAGGACAAUCCGCAGGACCGUAGAUCCUCCCACGGCACCCCGAACUCCCGCGACCUCGACCAGCCGCCUUACCCAGGCGGCUCGAGUCUCGUGCACGAGCACGAGUCCGAGCCGGUGACCUCCGAGCCGGAGGACCAGCCGCCGCUGAACCAAGUGACGGUGGUGCCGGUGGCGGCGGACUCGAAGGACUCCCAGUUGAGCCAGUACGUGCCGAUCUCCGAGUACGAGGAGCACGUGGAGUCCGAGCCGGUGAUAACCGGCGAGAAAGCCUGCGACAACAUCGACUCGCCUGAACUCGGUGGCCAGGAGAUCAGCUUCAACGAGCACCAGCCGGCACACAUGGACCAACAGAUGGAGGACUUGGUGAACGCGUCUAACAACGAUCUCAAGCGACCGUCGACGAACGGCGGCUUCGAAGACCAGCUCGAGGAUAACAUCAACAAGAAGCGGAUGCUGACGAACGGGCCUCAGACACCGACUGGAUCCGAUUCCGGCCUGAACGGACCGAUCCCUCAGGUGUCGGCGGAGUCUCAUCCGGGUAUAUACGACUUCGACGGUCCAUUAGGCUCUAACUUCCGGCCGCGUCUCGCCGGUCCCGUCCCGUUCCCCCCGUGGAGAGGCGGCCCGCCCCGUGGCCGAGGGUUCCGGGGCGGACCCAGGGCCCCCUGGAUGGACCGGGGGCCCCGCGGCCCCGCGAUCGGCAGCUUCAUGCCGAGGGGGAUGAAACGCGGCGGUCAGUUCAGGGGCAACGGGUUUCGGGGCCGGGGACGGGGUAACAAUUGGUAGAGACACCGCGCGUGUAGUCGUCGCACCCCUGUCCGAAUAGCGAACAGUUUGUAAGCCCGCGUGUGUGAGAGAGACACUUGUUGUCGUUUUUUCUAUUUCUGUAAAUAAGUUGUUGCGAACUCGGCCCCGGACCGGUCUCGCGCCGUGUCGCUGGAUCUUCGGAGGGGAUCGCAGUAACCGGUCCCCCGGUAGAACGCGGCGAGAUCUUCCGCGGGAGAUCGUCGCCCGUCUUCACCGGAAGGUGCUCGCCGCGCUUCUGUGCGAUUGAUUCGCCUAUAUACAUAUAUAAAUAAACUAUAUUAGCUAUAUAAAAAAGAGGAUGUAUCCACACUGGAACACGGAGUGGAGCUCGAACUCACAUAUACACACACGUACUCCGUUUUAAGAUCUUAAGAUACGACCGCGUCGCCGCGGCGGCUUCCCCCAUUGGAUCGACCAGCGACGAUCGAUCCGGACGGAUCCAAACGCGGUAGCCGCCGCGACGACGGUCGCGUUUACAUUCUAGGAUCCGUAUGUAUAAGUCGAAUGAAAACAACCUCUCUGUUUCACGUGUAAUCCGCGUUCACACGAGUACGAUCGAAUAUUUAUCGGCCGGUCGGCUGGACCCGCGGACGGAUUCCGUCGCGCGAACACGAAAUGCGAAUCCUCUGCGUCGCGCGAAACGUGUUAAAGGACGAGGAAGCAAGGACACGCGGGGAUCGUCGUCGAAGGACCCACACGCGGCCCGCCUCGUUUCUUCGUUCUCUCUCUCUCUCUCUCUCUCUCUCUCUCUCUCUCUCUUUCUCUCUUUCUCUUUCUCUUUCUCUUUCUCUGUCGCCUCCGCACACGAACACGGAUCUGCUGCCUGUUUACUACCCCUCCCCACCCCCACCACCCCGGAGAAAGAUCGCGUCCCCGUCGCGUGGAUUAUAAGCAGGCGUGUCAAUGAACCUUCUUCAUGCUGUAUUAAUAAAAAUGC